GAUCGGAAAAUGGCGCCAAGAUUUUUGGGAAGUAGUUAUUGGAUGUCCCAAACAUUGUGUGUUAAUGCAAUGGGCUUCUGUCAAUCAGUUGUAUAGGGAGACCGCAAUUGGUUUUCCGUCAAAUGGAAAAGCGGCUUCGUUCAAAGGAUAGCUGUAUUUAUUUUGGAAGAACUCACCCGGAAUUGGAGGAAGUGAGCGUGCAUAGUUUUAAUGGAGACUCUCCUGCUAAAGUUGAGAGUAAGCUGACGCAGCCAUACAAGACAGUAUCUGCGGGAGAGAGGUUGAAACAUGAACAGCGGAGUGUUAUGAAUAUUUCGAAAAGUUGCCGAAAACAAACAAAGAGACCGUGGUCGGCAGAAGAAGAUCAGAAGUUGGAAGAGUUGGUGAAACAAUUUGGUAGCAGCAAACAGUGGAGUUUGAUUGCUUCCAAAAUAGGUCAAAGAAGUGGAAAGCAGUGUAGAGAAAGGUGGACCAACCAGUUGAAGCCUGACAUUCGUCGGAGUAAUUGGACUGAAGAAGAGGAAAAGAUACUGUACGAAGCUCAUGCAAAAUUUGGCAAUAAGUGGGCAGAAAUUUCCAAGCUGUUGCCUGGACGAACGGAUAACGCAGUUAAAAAUCAUUGGAAUUCUUCUAUGCGGAGACGCAAACGCUCUAUGAAUAAUCCACUUGCCACUUUAGCAGAAGCAGCUAUGUCAAAGAUCCCUUCCAGUCCAGUUACACCCACAGAAGGUGUAUGUGAUGUAGAAAAGAGUUCACUGGUUAUGGAACUUAACUUUGACAAGUUUCGUAUGGAUGGACGACGUCGAUUUUCACUCGAAUGUUGUGAACAAGAGUAGAAAGCAAAUACGAUCAUUUUGUUCAACUAUUUUUCUGCUUGUUCGUAAUGUAGCAAUUUUGGUGUUUAAACACUUGUAAUUUUUAUUCUCGUAAAUUCACAUAACUUUGAUUUGCAUUAUGUUACGUGUCAAAUGGGAAGUUGAUUUACGCGUUUUACCUAAGAAGAUUGUUAUUAAGCCAUUU